AUGUCUACUGUCGAGAGGACCUUCAUUGCCAUCAAGCCCGACGGCGUCCAGCGCGGCCUCGUCGGUGCCAUCAUUGCCCGUUUCGAGGCUCGUGGCUUCAAGCUGGUCGCCCUGAAGAUGGUCACUCCCGGCAAGGCCCACCUCGAGAAGCACUAUGAGGACCUGAAGGAGAAGCCGUUCUUCCCCGGCCUGGUCAACUACAUGAACAGCGGCCCCAUUGUCGCGAUGGUCUGGGAAGGCCUCGAUGCCGUCAAGACCGGCCGCACCAUGCUUGGUGCCACCAACCCUCUCGCCUCCGCUCCCGGAACCAUCCGCGGUGACUACUGCAUUCAGACCGGCCGCAACGUCUGCCACGGCUCCGACAGCGUCGAGAGCGCCAACAAGGAGAUCGCUCUGUGGUUCAAGGACGAAGAACUCCUCAGCUGGAAGUCAGCUCAGGAGGCCUGGAUCUAUGAGUAG